UAAAGAAAGUAAUAAAUAAGAAAUGUUAAGAUCUUAUACAAAUCUGUCGAUUUUUAGCAAAUAAAGAAUACUACACUAAAUCCUGAAACAAUAACUUGGCCAUAUUAUGAACAAAUAGAUAGAGCCUUUGGCAGAGAAUCGGAAAUUGAUUUAGAUGGAAAAAAUGAUAAUUCUUUAAAUCAUUCACUUAACAAUGGUAUUCGAUAUUAUAUUUACAAAAAAAACAAAAAAAUAUGUACUUGAUUUUUUUUAGAUGAAAGGCAAAAUUUUAUCAAAAAACUUAUAGAACUUCGAUACAAUCAUCGGCAUCUCUUUACGGGUAGAAAAUACACCGCAAGGGAUGGAUGGAUGAUAAUUCAGUCUUUAUUACAAUGCCAAGGUAAAUAUUCUAUUGACCAGUUAAGUAAAUGUUGGCAGAAUUUGGUGCAACGCUACAAGCAGUUGGCAAAAAGCGAAACUGAUAAUAUUACUUGGCCUUACUACGAAUGUAUGCAAAAAUGGUUUAAAGAGGAGCAGAAAAUAUGUGAAAAAGUCAAAAUGGAGGCUGCUGGUUCUAUAAAUAUUAUAGAAAGUGAAGACAACUCCAAAAUUGAAAACGAAAAGGACGUGUCCAUUGCAAAUUCUCUCCAGUUUCUACCUAAAAAUAAUAUCUCCAUCGAUUGUGUUAAAAUACAAUUACUCACAGAAAUAAAAGCAGCUCAAGAAAAACAUCACAGUGAAGUAAUGGAGAGUUUGAAAGGUAUUAGUGAACAUUUCAAUACUAGCAACAAUACACUGUCAAACAACUGAAAAUGUUACUUAUUACAAUAUUAUAAAAGUACUUUUAUUCGCAAUAUAUUAAAAACACUGACAUAAUGUUUUAUUUUUCUAUGGUACAA